CUCCCCGGAGUCCCGUUGUCGCGGUUGCCAGGAGACCGAAUCACAUUCCGCGGCAACAUUGCACACCCUCUCGGCCGGCCGGGAAGGCCGGGAGCCGCUGCCAGCACCUCCAACCAUGGCGUAGGGCCCUUCCCUGGGGUUAUCCCGGUGCCAGGAUGCCUUCCCUGCCGCAGGAUUCCCCCGCCGGGGGCUUGGGCACGGGAUUCCCGCUGGUGAGGGUGCACGGCGGGGACCGCUCUGACCUGCUGAGCUUCUACGUCACCACCUACGAGGUGUCCUUUGGGAAGAGACCCCCGGGAUUGUCCCACAAGUUCGAGGGGCGUGUUUUGGGGGUCAAACCCCCCGACCAGGCGUCCGUGCACCCGCUCCUGGGGGUCCAUUCCGGAUCCGGAUACGUCACCAACAACUACUCGGCCCUCUCGUCCCUGAUCACCCCGCGCCCUGAGUGCCCGGACCCCUUCGUGUCCAUGUCCACCACCUCCGAGGAUUUCAGGCCCUUCGGGCGCCCACAGUUCCAGAGGAUCCUGCCCCAGUGUGUGGAGGAGCCGGAGUGCUCGUAUCCCCCCGAGUUUUCCCUGUCCCGGAUCCGUUACGAGGGGCUGAAGCCUCCAAAGUUAUCCAGGGGAUCCAGCGCCAAGAGCAGCUGCACCAGUCCUGCCCAGCCAGAUCUCCCCCAGUGGAAGCCAGAUUUGUCAUCGGGCUGCCCCCCGAGGGACGCCUGCCAUCUCCCUGCGGAGCCCGGUGUUCCCGCCCUGGAUUCCUGCUGCCCCCAGAACCGCCACGUGAGCGAGGGCAGGGGGUGGCCAGACCCCUGUGGGGAGGGGAUGCUGUAUCCCGGUGCUCCCGGUCGGGAGGCUGCGGGGUGA